CGCCCCCCCCUCCCAUGUCUUCCACAUCCACCAGCAACCGCGGUCUACAGGGCUUCUGCGACAUCAGCAACGGCGAUCUCUGCCUCAAGGACACAGUCUCUGCCCUCGAGUGGGGCCCGCUCCUCGCCGCAACCACAUGGGAUGGCUCGCUCCAGCUGGUGAGCUCCGACCACGCUGCUAACCCGCGUGUCUUGCCGCCUUCCUCCUCGCCCGCAGAGCGGUUCUGCUCGCUCUCGCUCAACUCGCCGCUGCUCUCGCUUGCUUGGGCAAACUCGCAGGACGCCAUCUAUGUCGCUGGUGGCCUCGGCUCGGUCAUCGCCGUCGAUGUGGCGAGAGCAGGCGCUGGAGGAGCGUCGUCGUCGGCGGCGUCGUCGUCAUCGGCGGCAACGGCGGCCGCGGCCGCUGCUGACGGAGGCCCAGCGAUGAUUACCGGCUCGUCAACGCUCGGCUUGACUCACGGCGGCGUGUUCAAGGUCCGGACCGACAAGUCCGGAGUCCUCGGCCACUCGGUCAUCUCCGCCGACUGGAGCAACACAUUGGCGUUUUGGGAUCCACGGACCCACGCCGAGGCUGUGGCAUCGGUGGCCGUGCCCGGCACAACCGGAACGCCGCCGGUGGCGAACCAAAUGAACGCGCUGUGGAAGCGCGAGUCGAUGUCGACCACGAGUACGUCUCGGACCCGCAUGCUGCGGUCGUCGGUGCUGAAGCCGUACGGCACUGUCGCCAUCGCCGAGAGCCUCAUCGCCAUGGACGCGCGCUGGCCUUUCAUCGUCGCCGCCACAGACCAGCGGACUUACAUCUACGACAUGCGCAAUAUGUCCGACGUAGUCUGCGCCUCGCCGGGCAUCCGCAACAAGCCCUCGGAGCUGGCCAUCUCCUCCAACACAGACGGCUACAUCAUCGGCUCCAUCGGCGGCCGCUGCGCCGUCGAGCCCAUGAGCCAAGACAACCGCUCUGCGGCCUUCUCCUUCAAGUGCCACCGCAACCGCAGUGCCGGCCAGUUCUACGCCAUCACCGACAUUGCCUUUGAUCCCUCCUACCCCACCUUUACCACCGCAGGCUCGGAUGGCUCCAUGCACAUCUGGUGCCAUCGCUCGCGCCAGCGGCUCCGCAACCUCAACACCCUGCCUGCACCCAUCACCGCUGUUGCCUACUCGCCCACAGGCACCCACCUUGCCGCCGCUCUCGGCUACGACUGGCACAAGGGCGAGCCGUCUGGCCCCGACCAGGCCUCACUUCCUCGGCCGCGCAUCGCCACCAUCGAGCUCAACACCAACUGGCGGACACGGGCUGUCAACAACCAGAGCUGGAUCUCCACCCAGGACAUCGGCACCUCCAACCGCGUCCACGCAAGCGUCGAUCCACCGUGUCUUGCCUUUGCCUUCUAGCCGGCCACCGACCACAGUAAAGUCGCCUGUCAAGCACC